CAAUGAACAGUGCUACCUGAUUUUCUUCAUUAGCGUAAUCAUUAAUGAGAAACAUGAUGGGAAAAGGUGUACUCUCAGUUUACAGGUUUAAAUUUAACUUUUAACAGGUUUAAGAGUUAAUGUCCAUAGUUGCACAGUUGCCAUUCCUCCUCAGUAAUUAGCAAUGAUGACAUCUGGACACAUGAGUGUUACUGAUGACAAGGUACAGACUCAGCCCGCUCCUGCAGGAGGGACAUCCAGGCCAGACCAGUGACAAUAUCUGCCUUGCUAUGCAAGCUCUCCCUCUGGGAAAGGCAGAAGCACCUCACAGCAACAUCUUCUUGCUCCAGACAGUGAUACUCUCUUUUCAGGCAGUACAGUGGGACUAUGAAGCUUUCUUCGAAGCACGAGAGAACAAUGCGGUAUAUGCGUUUUUAGGCUUGACUGCACCACCUGGUUCAAAGGAAGCUGAAGCACUGGCAAAGCAGCAAGCAUGAAUUUCAACUGCCUUAAACAUUCUGUAAAGGGAAUUUCCACAGCUUUUUAUAAAAUAGUACAAUUGUCUCUGCUUCAGGAAACAUAGAUGUGAUUUCUAACAUUUGAUUGGUGCUUGCAGCAUUCACCUAAUACAAAUUUGAGCACAAGAUGACAAUGUGAACAUAAAGUUAGCGCGGAGUGUGUUACUGCCAAGUUGGAAGCAUAGGAAUGAAGCAAUUGGACAUGAAUGAUUUUUCACCUAUUUCAAACUGUCUUGGCAAUUCGUCCAUUUUGUGUAAACGUAAAGAAAUUAUUUUAGUACUAAUAAUACAGAUGGGGUUCUACCUAGGGAUCCAGGUAUUUAAAACAUGGAAAACAACAUCUAAAACCUUGUCAGAUACUAAAUUUAGUGCCUGAGUUGCCUCAAAAAUGUUACUGAAUUACACAGUAAUUUUUCAGCAUCUUUUCUGGUUUCAGAUGAAGUUGUAGGUGGUGUUGUGUAGUAUAGCCAUUGUAGUCACUUUUGAAAGUUGUGUUUGUUCUUUUGUAGAGUGGGUAUUUAAGAUUUGUAUUGUAACACACUGUACAGAUGGUAAAAACAAACAAAAAAGCCAUGUUUUUCUCAUGUAAGUGGUCCACGUGGGCUCUUUUCACAAAAAGGGAUUUGGGUAAUGGAUGGCCUUUCUGUUGGCAAGUUCCUCACACAGCUGCCUAAGCACGACUUGAUUACACAUCCAUGUGCAAGGUCCAGUGCACCUCAGUGACGACUGCGCUAAUCCCCAGGCACUCCUGCAAAUAAGCCAAAACAGCCAGAAAUGGCAUUUCCUUACCUGUGUAAGGGUGAAAGCCUUUAAUGUAUUUCUCUACAAAAAUACCAGUUCACACUGCUUAUAGCAUUAGGCAUCGUAUUGCAUGUUCAAGUAGUCAUUAGAUCCAUAUAGUAUUUUUUCAAAGGAGGAAAUAACUGUUUGAAUAGCAAGAA